AUGCUGAAAAGUCUGCUCUCUCUUGUAACGCCAAGUAAAGAUAAGAAGAAGGUGGCGGGUCCAGCUGGUGCGCCAUGCCGCCCGAAUGACAUUUCGUUCACUUCCGACGCAGAUGCCUCGAUUUUGAACGACACCAGCGUCACCGUUCCGACAGGCGUCAGUUCUUCAGUUGCAGUGAAUUCAGAAUUUAUUUUGUCUGCAGGAGGGAUUCGGAGACACUUCGAUGCUCUGCUCAUCUCGAUUGGGCGACGGACGGAAAAAUCGCACCGCUUCUUUCGAUUUCUGUCUUUCAGACAAACCGGGAAAAGGUGAGCGUGAGAGUAAAAAUUACUCCAAAUUUUAAAUGCUUUCAGAAGUUGUGGUCCGCCGACGAAGCCUUCAGCCGACAACGCCUACCUCGUCCGCGUCUGCUUCUUUCUUGGAAAACAUUUUCGAGUAAACCAUUUUUUAAAUCAAUACAAAAGUUUAUUUUUCCAGUUCUUCUGUCCAACAGAACCGUCUUCACUCAGUGAUUGGCGACAAGAUCUACGAAGCGCCGAGCAGGUCGCCCUCUCCGGUGUUUAAUAAUGUCAGUAAGAAGCUGUAA